GCGGCACCGGAAGUGGCCGGCGGGGAUCAGCCUUUAAGAUGGCGUCUCCUCAGGGGGGCCAGAUUGCGAUCGCGAUGAGGCUUCGGAACCAGCUCCAGUCAGUGUACAAGAUGGACCCGCUACGGAACGAGGAGGAGGUCCGAGUAAAGAUCAAAGACUUGAAUGAGCACAUCGUCUGUUGCCUGUGCGCAGGGUACUUCGUGGAUGCCACCACCAUAACAGAGUGUCUUCAUACGUUCUGCAAGAGUUGUAUUGUGAAGUACCUCCAAACCAGCAAGUACUGCCCCAUGUGCAACAUCAAGAUCCACGAGACACAGCCACUGCUCAACCUCAAACUGGACCGGGUCAUGCAGGACAUCGUGUACAAGCUAGUGCCAGGCUUGCAAGACAGUGAAGAGAAACGGAUCCGAGAAUUCUACCAGUCCCGAGGCUUGGACCGGGUCACCCAGCCCAGUGGGGAAGAGCCAGCCCUGAGCAACCUUGGCCUCCCCUUCAGCAGCUUCGACCACUCAAAAGCCCACUACUAUCGCUAUGAUGAGCAGCUGAGCCUAUGCCUGGAGCGGCUGAGUUCUGGCAAAGACAAGAAUAAAAGCAUCCUGCAGAACAAAUAUGUCCGAUGUUCUGUUAGAGCUGAAGUUCGCCAUCUCCGGAGGGUGCUCUGUCACCGCUUGAUGCUAAAUCCCCAACAUGUGCAGCUCCUUUUUGACAAUGAAGUUCUCCCUGAUCACAUGACCAUGAAGCAGAUAUGGCUCUCCCGCUGGUUCGGCAAGCCAUCCCCUUUGCUUUUACAAUACAGUGUGAAAGAGAAGAGGAGGUAGGGGCCAAGCCCCCACCUAUCCCUCUGCCCUUCCCUCCCCAGAUAUUUAUGUGAAAUUAACCUUGGCUUUAUUUUUUGAAAUAAAAAUUUUA